UAUGAGCAAAACAUAUGAAGCCAAUGAAACUACUCACGAACUGUUCCUGACAUCUGGGAGACUCACAACAAAGAUUCAAAAUAAUUACAAUCCGAUUAUACACUAUGAAACCGUAAUCAAAUCGAAAGGGAAGCAAAACACUACUGUACACUACUCAAAUCACGGUGUUGAUAAGUUUAAAAAUUAAAAUAGAGGAAUAGAAACGUAUGCAGCAUAACUUUCUAGGUUGCAGUCAUAAUUCAAAUUUUGUAGUUUCGAGAGGAGUUUUGGAGCAGCUUCGAC